AUGGAAUCUACUGGACGACAGAGAAAAGUUUUGAUUUUACUGUUUCCUUUUUCGGUGUUUAAUAUUGCUUCCUCUCAUGGACCCUCGACUGGAAACUCAGUGAACACGAGCAGUGAGAAGCAGUUUGCAGAUUUUGUCUUAAGGCAGUUUCCAUUCUCAUCUGUUGAUGUUGUGCCCCAGCAAGACGCAGUCAGCUCACACUCUCAUGACCGAUGGAGAACACAGGCGGCUUCCUCCAGAGGUGUUUAUUCAUUUGAAGUGAAAGAAGACACGGUACCAGGAAGAGUUGUGGGAAAGUUGGAAACAGGGUUUGGGAGUCCCACGCCUAUCACAUAUUCAGUGCAGGAGGAUGACGGAGAGAACCUGUUCCUCCUCAGCCCCCUCUCAGGGGAGUUCCUAUUAUCCCGCAGCCUGGAUUUCGAGGCACAGAGUAUCUACAUUCUCACAGUGGUGGUGCAGCAGGGGGAUUCACAGGUAUCCAGUGUCAGGGUGUACUUCAAUGUGUUGAACGUGAACGACAACCCCCCUGUUUUCAGUCAGGAUGCCUUUUCUGCGUCACUGCUGGAAGACGCACAGGUCGGAGCAUGCUUCCUGUCCUUGAAUGUGUCGGAUAAAGAUGAUGGUGACAACGGAGAGUUGACACUGAAAGUGCUGGAUGGAGCUGAAGAGACAGUGUUCUUCAUGAACUCAGCGGGAAGCCUAUGCCUGAACAAGGAGUUGGACCGAGAGAGACAAUCCUCCUACAAUGUGACCGUGACGGCGAGUGACAGUGUCCAGCCGGAGUCUCUGCAGCUCACCAGCACAGCACACGUGAUCGUGGUGGUUCAGGACGUCAACGACAACGCUCCUCUGUUUGUGUCAGGCACAAGUGUCCGUAUACCAGAGGACGCUGCUCUUCACUCUGUGGUGACGACUGCACAUGCUGAGGAUGGAGAUGCUGGAUCCAAUGGGGAAGUUUUAUAUUAUUUAAACAGCACCUCCAGUGGAAUGUUUAGCAUCAAUACCACUAGUGGGGAAAUCUCCCUGGAGGAGACCUUAGAUAGAGAACAGGUAGAUACACUGACCAUUACCAUUACAGCUGCUGACAGAGGCUCGCCCAGCACGGCAACCACUAUGAAUCUCACGGUGCACGUCGACGACGCAAACGACAACGACCCUGAGUUCUUGCAGAGUUCUUACAGUCUGACAGUGAGAGAAGAUAUCCCCAGAGGAACCAGCUUGUUUCAGGUUCAGGCUCACGAUCAAGACAUCGGGCCAAACGGACAAGUGCGGUACACGCUGACGCAGGCGAGUCCGUUUGUGGUGGACGCGGUCCGAGGUGUCGUGACAGUCAUGGAUAAACUGGACAGAGAGAGGGACUCAAACUACAACUUAAUCAUAACAGUUGUAGAUCAGGGUAACACACCCAGGUCUGCCACUGCUGCUGUGAGUGUCACAGUGUUGGACAUCAACGACUUUGCGCCCCGGUUUUCUCCAGAAACACUGGUCCUACAUGUCGUGGAGAAUGAGGACGACCCCGCUCAGCUCACACAUCAGCUUUCGGCUUUGGAUGAAGAUUUAGGGGUCAACAGUCAGCUCACCUAUUUCUUACAGAGUGGAAACAGUGAUGGUUUGUUCUCCAUCACUCUCAAUGGCACUUUUCAAAUUCUACACAGCCUGGACAGAGAGACACAAUCACUAUAUGUCAUCACCAUCAUUGCUGUUGAUUCAGGACUGCCGCCGCUAACAGGUACUCUCACCGUACACGUCAUAGUGGAUGACGUCAACGACAACCACCCAGAGUUCAGUGAGGAAGUGUACAACACCAUAGUGUAUGAGGACAGUCCCCCCGGCACAGUGUUUGCCAUGAUGAUGGCAUCUGACAUUGAUGAGGGAGCCAAUGGGGAAAUAAGGUAUUUCAUGGAGAACCCUGAUGUACCUUUUGCCGUUGAGGAAACAUCUGGAGAGCUGCUGACAACCGAUGUCCUGGACCGAGAGACAGUCGCCAUUUACAGGUUGACAGUGAUUAGCAGCGAUAAACAUCCCACUCAGCCUCUGUCCAGCUCCGUGCUCGUCACUGUGCUCGUUGGAGACAUCAACGACCACUGGCCCAAGUUUGUGAACAGCCCCUAUGUGGCUCACGUGCCCACUGAAAUGGCUCCAGGCUCGGUUGUUUGUGCAGUGAAAGCAACAGACGACGAUACUGAGAUGAAUGCGGAACUGAAUUAUUCAUUAUAUGGACCGAGUUCAGAUCUGUUUUCCAUUGAUCCCCACAGCGGCACCUUGUUCACUUCAAGAGCUCUCCGGAGAACAGAAGAUGUUAUUGUCAACAUACACGUGGAAGACGCUGGAGAAAAUCCUAAAUUUGACACCGCAACCGUGAGUAUCAGGUUUCAAAACAUCUCUGAGUUCCCGGAGAUGAAUGUGGAUGUUCUGAGCUCUUCCCUCUCUGAAGACGAGCCAGUGGGAACCGUAGUGGCUCUGCUCUCUGCUGUGAGCGUCAGAGCGGAGCCCGUCUUUUUCUAUCUGACGUCUGGAAACUUUGAAGACGUGUUUCAUGUGGAGCAAUUAACUGGAGCGCUGACAGUGGAGAACCCUCUGGAUUAUGAGAACAAAAAGGAGUUUACCUUGUUGGUAGAAGCCAGAGACUCCGGCUCGCCUCCUUUCUCAUCAUUUGCAGAGAUUCAUGUAAACAUCAGCGACGUCAAUGACAACUUCCCACAGUUCACUCAGGCAGAGUACAGGUGUGAGAUCUUCGAGAAUUCCCCGCCAUCCUGGGUUUGUGACGUUCUGGCCAUCGAUGCCGACUCUGGUGGUUACGGCACCGUGCGGUACAACAUAACUGACGGAAACACUGAUGACUUUUUCACAAUUGAGCCUGAAAGUGGUUUAUUGAGCACAACAUCAAGUUUGGACAGAGAAACAAUCCCUGAAUUUAACUUGACAGUUGAAGCUUCCGAGCUGGAAAAUCAUUUCCCCAAAGACAGAGCAACGGUUGUCAUCGUUGUUUUGGACAGAAAUGACAACGCACCUCGUUUUUCACGGGUUUUCCUCACGCAGGUACCCGAGGACGCCCCUGUUGGACACACAAUCAUACAAAUCACCUCCACUGAUGAUGACUGGGGCCCCAAUGCAGUUAUUAAUUACUCCAUAACGGAUCAAAGUGAAGAUCUGCCGUUUAGUAUUGAGUUUACCACCGGCUGCCUCACAGUUGAGAGACCCCUGGACAGGGAGACGCAGGAUCAUUAUGUCCUGAAAGUAAAUGCAAAUGAUUACGCGUGGAGCAUAAGCACGGAUGUCACUAUAGUCGUUACAGAUGCUAACGACAAUAGACCAGUAUUUUCUGAUCCUUUUUACUACGCUGUCCUCCAGGAAACAAAAGAUAAAGAGGUGUUUGUUACGCAGGUUCUUGCCACAGAUGCAGAUGUCGGGGAGAAUAGUGACAUUUUAUAUGUCAUUGAACCUCCAAACGAGGAGUUCUGGGUUAACGCUACCUCUGGUGAAAUCUAUACCAAGCAGCCAUUGGCGCUACAGAUGUCUUCUUUUGAAAUCUACCAAUUUACAGUGACGGCUGUUGAUUGCGGCAGCGAUCCCCUGCACAGUAACGCCACUGUCACGGUAAGAUUAGAGCCUUGUAACCACCACCCGCCGAUGUUCCUGCCGCAUCAGCCUCAGGUUGCGAUCCCGUACCACGUGGCUGUCGGAACUGAGGUAGUCCAGUUCACAGCACUAGACGUGGAUGUCAGUAAUACCAGUGCUUAUAUUCUGUAUGCUCUGAAUGGAGGUAAUGCAUCUGAUUUCUUCUGGAUCCAAGCGAACAGUGGGAAAGUGAAGUUGAAGAGAAGUUUGACAGAGACCGUCCAUUUGUUUCUGAUUUUAAUAGUUGUGGCAGAAGACCAGGGCACCCCACCUUUAUCGUCGCAGACUGAAAUCACUUUUGAAAUCACGGGGAGGAAUCAAUAUUCUCCGAGUUUUCCAGAGCCAGACGUCACUUUCUCCGUUCCCGAGGACUUGCCUGUUGGAUCGGUAAUCGGAAGGGUUCAAGCAGAAGAUAGGGAUUAUGGUGUCAAUGCUGCCAUCGUGUACUGCAUUGACCCAGAAAGUCUACUGUUACCAUUCUCUGUAGGAGAAGCCUCCGGGCUGCUAACACUCAUCAGAGAGCUUGACUUUGAAGAGGAACUUAUUCAUCAUCUUAAAAUCAAAGCCAUGGAUGGAGGCUGGGCCACAAAAACAGGAUGGCUGAAUGUUACAGUUGUGGUUAUGGACGUGAACGACAAUCCCCCAGUCUUUUCCUCCUCUGAGUAUCUCACUUCAGUGCCUGAAAACUCUGAAAUUGGUACAAAUGCCAUACAUACGAAGGCCACUGAUGCUGAUUCAGGUCGAAAUGCACUAAUAUCUUAUUCUCUUAUUGCUGGUCACGUGGAUAAAUUUGCCAUCGACUCAAGAAAUGGCACAAUCACUACUUUGGACGUGUUUGAUUACGAGCGAGAGCAGAUCUUUGACGUGACGAUCAAAGCCUCAAACAUGGCUGGUCUCAAUUUAUUUACUUUGGCUCAUGUUGUCAUUCACAUAUUGGACGUCAAUGAGUUCACGCCUACGUUUACCAAAAAAGAGUUUAACUUUUUGGUAUUUAAAAAUGUGCCUGUGGGAACUGUGAUGGGAAAAGUAACGGCCACAGAUGACGACCAAGGCUCUGCAGGUCAGGUGUUUUUCUUCAUGUUUGGCCAAAAUAAAAACCUGGGCUUUAAAAUCCACAAACUCUCGGGUGAAAUUUACACAACCGCCAGUUUGAGGAAACAAGGCAACAGUGAAAUAGUUUUAAAAGUUCUGGCAAAGAACGCUGGUGUCAUUACAGGCAUGGACGUAGACGAAGCCUUGGUCCACAUCAGAGUGAUCGACACGAACGAUGCACCCGUGUUCACCUCUGAACAUUAUCUGGCAAACGUGACGGAGGACAGCCCGGUCGGCACGUCUGUGAUGACUGUGAGUGCUCUGGAUCAGGACUCCAUCUUGGACUGGAGCCAUUUCUUCUUCAGCAUCGAAGCCGGAAACACAAACUUCUCUUUUGUCGUUGAUCCGCUCAGUGGGGUGGUUUCAGUAAAUUCUCCGCUUGACAGAGAACUGUGGGCGGUUUAUAACCUGACUGUCACAGCCACUGAUAACGGCUCUCCACCAGCCACUGGGACCAGUAACGUCAUUGUGACCGUUGGUGACGUUAACGACAACUCUCCCAAACUCACAAUAACUGAGGCUCAGGUGAAGGAAAAUCAGCCUGGAGGCACCAUCGUAGCCAGAUUAAAUGCGUCUGAUUCUGAUUUGCCACCAAACCAGGGACCUUUUACUUACUGGCUGGUAAACCCUUCUACUGAUGAAGCCUUUUCACUGACUCCUGAUGGAGUUUUAUUUACCACGGGGCCCACUGAUCGGGAACAAACCCCUGCCUAUCAUGUUCUUCUCGCUGUCAGAGAUGCAGGGAUCCCUGCGCUGUCGACCACGACCAUGUUCCACAUCAGGAUUCUGGACGAAAACGAUAACCCGUCGCUGCCCAGGAACAUCUUCAUCGAGGUCAAAUAUUUUGGCAGCUCUUUCCAAGGAGGCAUGAUCGGUAACGUCCACCCCGAGGAUCAGGAUGAGUCCGACACAUUUAUCUGUGGUAUAAAAAGCGGGCCGCUGAACAUGUUCAUGAUACCUAACGGCACGUGUGAGCUGUGGUCGUCUCCUUUUCAAGGUGAGGCCACGUUUAACAUCACAAUCGAAGCCACAGACCAGCUUCACUUCCCAGUCAACAACAGCAUCUAUGUGACAUACAAAGGUUUCACAAAUGCUUCCAUAGACAGUUGCAUAUUAUUCUACGUGUCAUCGUCCUCGAUGGAAGAGUUCCUGUCCAACAAGUAUCUGAGGUUUGUGAAAGCUCUGGACAGUCUGUUUAACCUGCAGGCCUCUAAGACCCAUGUAUUUGGAAUCAAACACAUUGGGGGUGAAAUCCUUCUGUUGGCUGCGGUCAAAAACUACAACGGUGAAUAUCUCAGCAGAGAGGUGGCGAGCGGCGUCUCUGCCGGACACAGGAAGUUACUGGAGUCUCAGAGCAAUGUGACGAUAUCUCACAUCACCAGCGACCCAUGUCUCACCAGCCCCUGUCUGAACGGAGCCACGUGCAACAAAAACAUUUACAUCAGCCAGGACGUCGCUGCCCUGGAGAGCCCGGGCGUCAUCUUCGUGUCGCCGCAGAAAGAGGUUUUUAAUUGCACGUGUCCAGCCGGCUUCACCGGGACGCUGUGUGAAGAUGACAUUGACGAAUGUGAGGUGAGGUUCUGUCAGAACGACGGCACAUGUGUGAACACGGCGGGAAGCUUCUACUGUCACUGUCAGAGCGGCUUUUCUGGCUCGGUCUGCUCCACUGAUGUCGAUGAAUGCCUGAAGCUGAAGUGCCAGAACGGAGGAACCUGUUUGCCCAAUGACGAUGGAUAUCAGUGUCACUGUGCGCCUGGAUUUGAAGGUAGAUGCUGUAUAUAUAUAUAAAAAAAAAAAUCCCAUCAUUCCACAGGCCAGGAUCUCUUUAAAGUGUAAACUUUAUUUGCUUUU